UUCAGCUGCCGAAGAUUUACGGGCCCGGUGUCGGUCUGGCAGCUCUAUCACGAAGACGUCAGAAAGUGUGCCAUUCGCUCACAAAAACCAAAUACAGUGCCCAGCUGGCUUGUGGUGCUGUGGAUAUGCCGUAGCUCUCACUUGCAUUCUUGCGCACAGCCUGCUCAGUCCGUUUUCAGAUCCCGUGCGCACUUGCGCCCCAACACUGCCAAGUUUCGAUGGGAGGUGCGGCUCUAACUUUCCUGAAUGGACUGCUUGCUAACUCCUUACGUUGAAUUGUACGCUGGGAAAAUCGCUACAGCCAAAAGGCUUCGUGGAGGUGUCGGAGAAGUUCGGCAACACUUCUUGGCAAUUGGCCUUGAUGUAGCCCGUCCUGUGGAAAAAGCAGUGACCAAGCCGCCCUGGCUUGAAUCAACUGCAUUCUCACUUGUGCAACGCUCGGGUAAACACAUCAAAUAUGUGCGACUUGAUCGGCACUUCGAGCUUGCUCCACAUUGGAGACAUCGUUUCUCUCUACGCCGAGGGCACCGUCUCCGGUUUCCUGUGCACCUUAGGCCUGGUCGAUGACCGGUGCGUGGUGCAGCCAGAGGCUGGGGAUCUGGCCACCCCGCCCAAAAAGUUUCGAGAUUGCCUUUUCAAGAUGUGCCCCAUGAACCGGUAUUCGGCCCAGAAGCAGUUCUGGAAAGCAGCCAAGCAGAGUGCCUCCAGCGCAACAGAUGCCGUGCUGCUGAAAAAACUGCAUCACGCUGCCGAGUUGGAGAAGAAGCAGAAUGAGAGCGAGAAGCGAAAGCUGGUGGGAGAAGUGGUGCAGUACGGAGGUGUCGUGCAGCUGCUGCAUGUUAAGAGCAACAAGUACCUGACCGUCAACAAGCGGCUGCCUGCACUGCUUGAGAAGAAUGCCAUGCGUGUCUCCCUUGAUGCCAAUGGCAAUGAGGGCUCUUGGUUCUAUGUUGUCCCCUUCUACAAGUUGCGUUCGACUGGUGACAGUGUGGUGGUAGGUGACAAAGUGGUGCUGACGCCAGUGAAUGCAGGACAACCGCUGCAUGCCAGCAACCAAGAGCUGCCCGACAACCCAGGCUGCAAGGAGGUAAAUGCUGUCAACUCAAACACGAGUUGGAAGAUAUCACUGUUUAUGGAACACAAGGAGAAUGUGGAUGAUGUACUCAAAGGGGGAGAUGUGGUGCGACUGUUCCAUGCGGAGCAGGAGAAGUUCCUGACGAUGGACGAGUACCGAAAGAAGCAGUAUGUGUUUCUGCGGUCCACAGGACGCACCACUGCAACAGCAGCCACCAGUUCCAAAGCCCUGUGGGAAGUGGAAGUGGUACAGCAUGACCCCUGUCGUGGUGGGGCAGGGCAUUGGAAUAGCCUCUUUCGCCUCAAGCACCUCGCUACAGGCCAGUAUCUAGCUGCUGAGGUGGAUGAAGACCCGACCCCUGACCCAACACGGGCCAAGCUGCGGGGCCCACCAGGGAGCCCUGUGUACUGCCUUGUAGCUGUGCCACAGAGUAGUGACAUUGCCUCCAUCUUUGAGCUGGAUGCGACCACACUCUCCCGUGCUGACGACCUGGUGCCCCAGUCUUCCUAUGUGCGCUUGCGCCACUUGUGCACCAACACCUGGGUGCACAGCACUGCCAUUCCUAUUGACCGAGAUGAAGAACGACCUGUUAUGUGGCGCCUGGGAUGUGCGCCGGCGAAAGAGGAUCGGGAGGCCUUUGCAGUGGUGCCAGUGUCAGCAUCUGAAGUGCGAGACCUCGACUUUGCCAAUGAUGCUUGCCAGGUUUUGCAGACACUGGUUGGUGCUUUGGAAAGUGGCCGUGCAGGUGUCACGGAGCGUCGUUCGCUGCUGCAACUGCUUCAGGAGGUCAUCUAUUUCACGGCCAGUCGUGAGGGAGAUCCAAACAAAUCCGACCCUCUCGAACUAGUAGUGACUAAACCCAACCGGGAACGGCAAAAGCUGCUGCGUGAGCAGAAUGUUCUUCGGCAGCUGUUCCACAUCUUGCAGGCGCCAUUCACAGACAAUGGGCAGGGCCCACUGCUGCGCAUGGAGGACCUUGCAGACCCACGCUAUGCACCUUACAAGCACAUGUGCCGUCUCUGCUAUCGUAUCCUGAGACUGUCCCAGCAGGACUACCGCAAGAACCAGGAGUACAUUGCCAAGUGGUUUGGGUUCAUGCAGAAGCAAAUUGGCUAUGAUGUGCUGGCUGAAGACACUAUCACAGCGCUGUUGCACAGCAAUCGCAAGCUUCUUGAGAAGCACAUUACAGCAGCUGAAAUCGAGACAUUUGUCAGUUUGGUGCGGCAAAACAGAGAGAGUCGUUUUCUCGACUACCUUUCAGACCUCUGCAUUUCCAACAAGCAGGCCAUCCCUGUCACCCAGGAGCUCAUCUGCAAGGCCGUGCUUUCACCCCACAAUGCUGACAUCUUGAUUGAAACCAGGGUGGUCCGCAGCCAGGUUGAGCUGGAGAUGGAAGGGGGCCCACCAACCUUAGCUGUGGAGGAGCAGGUGCUGCUGCUGUGGGACAGCGGCCGGGAGGCGCGCAGCAUCGUGGAGUUGGCACAGGACACCGAGUGCCUUAGUGCACGAGCCACACUCGACUACUACAGGCACCAACUCGACCUAUUCUCAGGCAUGUGCUUGGACAGGCAGUACUUGGCCAUCAACAGCCUGUCGCCUCACCUGGAUAUUGAGCUGAUCCACAAGUGCAUGGCAGAUGAAAACCUGCCAUAUGAGUUGCGGGCAGCAUUUUGUCGACUCAUGCUGCACAUGCAUGUGGAUAGGGACCCUCAAGAGCUGAUCACACCUGUCAAGUACGCACGCCUCUGGUCCGACAUUCCUGAGCAGCUUUCCAUUCAGGACUAUGAUGCAAAUCGCCAUCCUGACUUAGGGAAGGAAGUGGUGCAACGCAAGUUCAAGCCCACCAUCACCUUUGUAGAGGACUACCUUUGCAAUGUGGUUGGACACGUGUGGUCUUUUGCAGAUAGGGAGCAGAACAAGCUCACCUUUGAGGUUGUUAAACUUGCUCGAGAGCUCAUCUACUUUGGUUUCUACAGCUUCAGUGACCUACUCCGCCUCACUAAAACGCUCCUCAACAUACUUGACUGCGUACCUGAAGCUGCCAUUGCCAAUGCCCCUGAAAAGGAGUUGCAAACCCAGGGCAGUGUAUUGAAGUCUCUGGGAGAUGUUGGCACAGUUGUCACAAACAUGGUGCUUGGAUCUAACACCUUGGCCAAGGCACCUACGCCGGCACCACGAAAAAGUGCUGCGGAGGACACCCUUGUUAUGGACACGAAGCUCAAGAUCAUUGAGAUUUUGCAGUUCAUCUUGAAUGUGAGGCUUGACUACCGCAUCACGGGGCUGCUGACUAUCUUCAAACGGGAAUUCCAGCAGAGUCAUGAGAAAGCUGAUGAGACCAUUGUUGUUGGUGACAAAGGUGUGGAUAUGGAGCGUAUUGGCAGAGAAGCUGAGGCCAUCUUUGGAGGCACGGAAGACUUGGGUGAUGUUGACUUGGAUGGCGAGGGUGGGCGCACAUUCCUCCGAGUGUUGCUGCACCUGACCAUGCACGACUACCCUCCUCUUGUAUCGGGGGCCCUCCACCUGCUCUUCAAGCACUUCACCCAACGUCAGGAGGUGCUGCAGGCAUUUAAGCAGGUGCAACUACUGGUGUCUGCCAGUGACGUGGACAACUACAAACAGAUCAAGGCCGAUUUGGACAAGCUGCGUAACCUGGUAGAAAAGUCUGAACUGUGGGUGUUCAAGGCUCGUGAUGAGGACCCUGACCACGACCAGGAGCUUGACAAGAGGCUUGUGCUUCAGGGUGAUUCACUGCGACCUGAGCUGGUUUCAGCAAAGGAGGCUGGAGAGCAUGAAGGUGCGCCUGCAGCAGCGGACAACUACUCAAUCAUUCGUGAAAUCUUGGAACGCUUCACCAAGUUGUGCUACCAGAUUGGAGCGGGUGGUACCAAGAAGCAGCGCAAGCAUGAGCAGCGUCUGCUUCGCAACAUGGGAGCACAUGCUGUGGUCCUUCAGUUGCUGCAAAUUCCCUACGACAAGAAAGAGGAUGUACGGAUGGGCGAGGUGAUGCGGUUGGCACAUGACUUCCUGCAGCACUUUUGCCUGGGCAAUCAUCAGAACCAGGGACUGCUGCAUAAGCACAUUGACCUCUUUCUCACACCUGGGCUGCUGGAGGCUCAGACACUGUGCAGUGUCUUCAAGGACAAUGUAGGGCUGUGCACCGAGGUGACGGAACGAGUGGUGCAACAUUUUGUUCACUGCAUCGAGACCCACGGGCGCCAUGUGGAGUACUUGCGUUUCCUCCAGACUGUUGUGAAAGCAGAAGGCCAGUAUGUCCGAAAGUGCCAGGACAUGGUCAUGCAGGAGUUGGUGGGCGCUGGGGAGGAGGCUCUGGUCCUCUACAACGACAAGGGUACCUCGGAGCAGCUGGUGGAGUUAAUGCGCUCCGAGAGGCAGCGGCUUGACCCUGGCGGACCACUUCGUUACCACAUCGAUUUGGUCCGGCUCCUCGCCAGUUGCACCGAGGGCAAGAAUGUGUUCACUGAGAUCAAGUGCCACUCCCUGCUCUCCCUAGAUGACAUCUGCAGGGUUGUAUCCCAUCCUGACUGUCUUCCCGAGGUCAAAGAUGCCUACAUCAACUUCCUUUCACACUGUUUCAUUGACACGGAGGUGGAAAUGAAGGAAAUUUAUGCAUCUCACCACAUAUGGACACUUUUUGACAACUUUCUUGUCGACGUGGCCAUGGUUUGCAAUGCCACGCAUGACCGGCGUCAUGCUGACCAGCAGUUAGAGAACUACGUCACAAAUACUGUCAUGAACAUCAUCACGACUUUCUUUAACUCGCCUUUUUCGGAACAAAGCGCCACUGUGCAGACUCACCAACCAGUUUUUGUUCGGCUUCUCCAAGCUGCCUUCCGAUUAUCCACCUGCACAUGGCUUUCACUUCAACAGCGAAUGAAUGUUGAAGGUUGUAUACGAACUCUGGCUGAAAUAGCUAAAAGCCGUGGAAUUGCCAUCCCCGUGGACCUCGAGUCUCAGGUGUCAACCAUGUUUGACAAGACUGCUUUGAUCAGCAAACACACGCGUGCCUGGCUUUCCUCUGCCCGGGCACCAAAGCGGGAACCUGUGGAACAAUCACCACAGAGGCCUACUGAGGUGUCACGCGGCCAUCCAAGUGAUCGGACAGUGAUUGAGGUGCUGCAAGAGCUGGUACUGGUGCUGGAAGAGCAGCUCAGGCCACUAGUACAGAGCGAGUUGUCGGUGCUGGUGGAUGUUCUGCAUGAGCCUCAGCGGCUGUUCCCUGCACGGCCCCAGGCACAGGCCCGCUGUGCCUCCUUUGUCUCCAAGCUGGUGCAACACACCCAGCGCCUGUUACAGGAGCGGGAGGAGGGGCUAUGUGUGCGUGUUUUGCAGACACUGCGUCAAAUGAUGGCUGACACAGAGCAUGGGGAAAAGGUUGAUGCCAACUUGCUCACUCAGAGAGAAAUCUGUGACCUCGCACGGGGUGAAGCACUGCGGCAGAGCCUUCUUGUGCGUUAUUUGGGCACACCACCCAAGCAGCCACAGCCCAAGCGUGGCUCAACGGAAGGCUCACAGCCACAGCAGCAACAGCCACAGCAGCAGCAGCAACAGCAACAGCAACAACAGCAGUCACCUCAGCCCCAAACGCCCCUUGGUCGUCCGCCUAGCCCAUUGUCCGAAGUCCAGUGCCAGCUUGAUCGUGAGGGGGCCUCGGAUCUUGUUGUGGAGCUGAUAAUGAUGAGCCCCAGCCUGGCCAUCUUCCUUGAGAGCGUCGAGCUUGGUAUCGCACUCCUGCGUGGUGGAAACCCUGUCAUACAGAGGUCCAUGCAUGCAAAGUUGACUACUGGCAACAAUGCAGAGAAGUUUUUUAAGGUAUUUUUUGACAAAAUGAAGGCAGCGCAACAGGAGAUAAAGUCUACAGUCACUGUCAGCACAUCUGACAUGGCUGCCCGAGCGACCUCUGAAGAGAAAGACCUGCUGCGCAAGGACAACCUGCGGGAAUCUCGCAGCCGCUCUCGAGGAGGAAAGGGGAGCCUGAUGGUGUCUGAUGAGCUGCGUGCCCAGUUGGAGGAUGCUGCACAGGUCACAGGAAAAGCCUAUGCCCAUGUUCGGUCUACAGUGGGUGGUCUGAGUGGUGACACUGGUGGCGGCAGCCCUUUGUCCCCAAGUGAGGAAAAUGAACGGCCCCAGGAGCCACGCCUGGCACCCGAGGUGUUGGUCAUGCAGCCAGUGUUGCGUUUUCUUCAGCUGCUAUGUGAAAACCACAACCGAAGUCUGCAGGAUUUCUUGCGCAACCAAUGCAACAAGAACAACUAUAACCUGGUAUCAGAGACAUUGUUGUUUCUGGACUGCAUUUGUGGCAGCACCACGGGUGGCUUGGGCCUGCUUGGUCUCUACAUCAACGAACACAAUGUGGAUCUUGUAAAUCAGACUCUUGAGACUCUGACAGAAUAUUGCCAGGGUCCCUGCCAUGAAAACCAGAACUGCAUUGCCAUGCAUGAAAGCAAUGGAAUUGACAUCAUCAUCGCCCUGGUUCUAAAUGACAUCAACCCACUUGGAAAAAAGCGCAUGGAUCUUGUCCUUGAACUGAAGAACAAUGCAAGCAAGCUGCUGCUGGCUAUCAUGGAAAGCCGAGGGGACAGUGAGAAUGCUGAGCGCAUCCUCUUCAACAUGAGCCCCCGGCAGCUAGUGGAGGUGGCAUGCAAUGCAUAUCACCAAGACGAGGAUGAAGAUGAAGAUGAUGACGAUGAUGAUGAUGCUGUUGGGGACAACCGGGGUACUGGUGGAGGAGACGGAGUAGGUGUGUCUCCAAAGGAAGUAGGCCACAACAUCUACAUCUUAUGCCACCAGCUAGCCCAGCACAACCGAGACCUGGCUGGGCUGCUGAAGCCACAUGAGAGCUCUGAUUGCAAGACAGCCCAGGCUCUGCAGUACUAUGCCUCCCACACAGCACAGAUUGAGAUCGUGAGGCAUGACCGCACAAUGGAGCAGAUUGUGUUCCCUGUGCCACAGGUCUGUGAAUUUUUAACACGGGAAACCAAGGUAAAAGUGUACAACACAACAGAGCGAGAUGAACAAGCUAGUAAGGUGUCAGACUUCUUUGAGCGAACAGAAGACCUUUUUAAUGAAAUGAAAUGGCAGAAGAAACUGCGAGGUCAACCAGUGCUAUACUGGGUGAGCCGCCACAUGUCAACAUGGAGUACUGUGGCAUUCAACUUAGCCGUUCUGGUCAAUGUCAUUGUGGCAACCUUCUACCCAUUUGAAGGAGCCAAAGAACUGGACCCACGGCUGAGUGGCCUAAGUUGGGCACUGAUGCUGGUAUCUCUGGCAGCGGUGGUUGUGGCACCGCGACCAUCAUCUAUACGAGCACUGUCUUGUGCCUGCAUUCUGCGUCUCAUGUCCUGGCUUGGCUUACAGCCUACACUGUGGUUACUGGGCACAGUAAAUGUGGCCAUCAGCACGGUGCACCUCGUGAGCAUAGUGGGAAAUCAUGGGACAUUUGCACGUAGCCUUGGCCACAUGCUGUCCGAUAUGGAGCUCCUGUACCAUGUCUGCUAUUUGGUUUUUUGUGCACUGGGCUUAGUAGGACACCCACUGUUCUACAGUGUGCUUCUGUUAGAUGUGGUCUACCAGGAGGAAACACUCCUUAAUGUCAUCAAGUCGGUAACACGUAAUGGUCGCUCAAUCAUUCUCACAGCAGUGCUUGCGCUAAUCCUGGUAUACUUGUUCUCCAUUGUUGCAUUCCUGUUCUUCCGGGAUGACUUUCUUAUUGAAGUCGACAGCCGUGCUGUUCAGAGUGUGCCGCGAGUUUCAGGGCCAGAAAGUGAUCCACCAUGCCUUGAAGGUUUUUGUGAUGCGUCUGAGCGGCCCAAUCUUGGCAACAAAGAUGCCAGUGAUUCAGAUGAUGAUGACACAACAACCGAACGAGCUUGUGACUCACUCGUAAUGUGCAUAAUCACCACGAUGAAUCAUGGCUUGCGUAAUGGUGGAGGUAUUGGAGACAUUCUACGACCACCUAGUGCUAAGGAACCACUAUACUUUGCUCGAGUCGUGUAUGACCUGCUGUUCUUCUUUGUGGUCAUCAUUAUUGUGCUGAACCUCAUCUUUGGCGUCAUCAUCGACACCUUUGCUGAUCUGAGAAGCGAGAAGCAGCAGAAGGAAGAGACCCUGCGAAACACAUGCUUCAUCUGUGGUCUGGACAGAUCAGCUUUUGACAACAAGAGUGUGUCAUUUGAAGAACACAUUCGAUGUGAACACAACCUCUGGCACUACCUCUACUUUAUUGUGCUGGUGCGAGUCAAGGACCCAACUGAAUUUACGGGGCCUGAAAGUUAUGUGGACUCCAUGAUCAAGGAAAAGAAUCUGGAAUGGUUCCCACGCAUGCGUGCCAUGUCACUCGCAGCAGAUGAGGCAGAUGGGGAGCAGAAUGAGAUGCGCACACUGCAGAAUCAGUUGGAGGAUACGCAACGCUUGGUGACUACCUUGUCUAGGCAACUGUCCGAACUCCGAGACCAGAUGACAGAGCAGCGGAAGCACAAGCAGCGCCUGGGACUUCUAGCUCAUCCCAACUCGGUGCCAUUGGCUGCCACUGCCAGUCUGAGUAUGCAUUGACUCUCGUGCUGCCAACACACAAACAAACAAGUGGCUCUCCUCACAAAGAAGGUCACCAUGCACAGUGAGCCUGGCUGGGCCACCAGCAUGAAGUGUGCUUGCUAUGUCACUGCCCCGGUGGUGAUCACGAGAUUGGGCCAAGUAAAACGGACUAUGUGUCUUCCAUCAACACGGCAAGCUGUGUAUGCAAGGGCCACAAGAACCACUCAGCUCUCUCAUUGCACUUGGAACAUCUGCGAAGGAAAGGGGCCACAUUUUCCUCCCUCUUGCCAAAGUGCACAAAAAAUAUUCUGGAUGAGUCUUUCAGCAGUCACUACAGCACCUUUUUGCAACUCUUCUUUUGGCUUUUUUCAGUAUUGUGUCAAGCGCAACUACACUUAAGAGAUAAGAAGCAAGAGUGGCACAAAUUCCCACCAGUGCUGCACGCAUAUACAAUUGUGCAAAUAGGACAUUGUGAUCACUUCUCACAUUGACAGUGGUGCCUGCCGUGAAGCAGAACAAGGCAGUCGCCACUUUUUUUGAUGUGGGUUUUUUCUCACCUCUUUUAAUGAAACAAAAACAUUAUUAUUAUUUUUUUUGCCGUUGUCAUGCGAGCAUUGCAUUCUUUAUUAGUCUGCGGAUAUGCUCUUCUUAACCCAUGUACCGUGAUCGAAACAAAGCUUCUUGCCGCAGUUACCACAUAACGCAAUAUUUUUGCUGUUUUUGUGACUUGUGACAAACUGUAUUAAGUGUAAUUGUGGGAGGCGGUGUUUGUAUAUUGAACAGAUUUUUGCUUUGCACACUUUUCACAAUGAUGGCUCAGGCCAUCAUUGUGAAGGGUGAAAUGAUGGCUCAGGCCAUCAUUUCACCCUUGGGGUGAAAUUUACUGGAAAUCUAACAUGUAACUUUCACACGGCAAAAUGCACCAGCAACAAAACAUUGCGUCACAUGCUCCUCGAUUCAAAACAGAGGAAGAGGGAGAGUCAAUUUGUCUACCUUGCCAGAGUCCUGCUGCUGCCGGUUGGAGGUUUUUCGCAUGCUUCCGUGACUCCAGUUGGCCCUACAGUGUUUACUUGUCUGUGGUUUUCUUGUUUUAGCUAUUUAAUGUGUAGUUGUGUUCUUUCUUACACUUGUUUUUUCCAGUGCACAUUUACACACUUAUAUAUGAUGGUUUUAUACUGGUAUGCCGCUUUAUAUAUUUAGAUUGUUGGUGCAUCUCUACAUUACUUGUUGCAUCUUUAUUUUAAAGGUAGUUUGGAUGCACUAAUGCAUAGAAAUUUUAACAAAUGUGUGAACAAAUACUUAUCAUCUGGGAUGGCUUUAACAUUUGAUACCACUUUUAGUAGUAUGGUGCAAUUUACAAGCAUCAGUAAUGGCAGUGUUGUGUGAAAGGUGCUACUCAGGCAUUAACAGCAGAACUGCUAUUGCAGUUCACUCACAGCUACUUCUCCUGUUGUUUUUCUUACCAAGUGCGUGGUUAAAUGUGUUGCAAUAGGUGCUUUCACUGCUACCACUGACUUGUACACAUUUGUUUGUUUAGUCAGGGCCUGGUGUGGCAAGUGAAAAAAAAAAAAAAAAAAGAGAAGAGUGAUGGCCUCGCAUUGUUGGUGUCAAACGAUUAAUGGACGUAGAACUUGUGAAAAAGCUUAUUGCCAUGAAGCCUGAACAUGUGUAGUAAAGUUCAGAGUUGCAGCGUUCAACAGAAUGUGCGCCCGAAGCACAUUGGCCUACUUUUUGUAUGGCCAUGUUUUGUGGUAGUUUGUUUUUUUCACAGAAGUCGCAGCCCAUAAAUUUUUUGUUAAAAGUGCAUUGUGUUUCCCAUUACAGGCUUUGUUCUUGAAGUUUUUCAGCCCUGAACGUUGCAAGUUUGUGGCACCUAUGUUUGCAGCCUAAAUUGCCUCCCACAAGCACUUCAUAAUUUGCAGCCAUAACUUUUGCUCAGUUCUUAUGUUUUAAGUACAUUAGAAGUGCAUUUCUGAUUGCAGAAUGUGUGUCCGUAGUUUCCGCAGUUGCUGCAAAAAUUCUUAUGCGAGCAACCUAAAUUACCAUGCAUGCAUACAAAAUUAAAGCUACACUUUGUAACAUAUUCUUUCCCCCACUAGUCAGUGAACAAAAGAGAUUGGUAUUUAUUACAGCACACUGAUCAAGAAAAUACCUUUUAUUGUCUUUUAUCAAGUGUACAAAACAUCAAUAUAUACAUGUAUGUA